AUGGCGUUCCUGCUAAUGCUAUUGAAUGCGUUUGAUAGGCGGGACGAUGUGAGGAGUGAGCACACCUCUGGUGGGAGGGAGCCACGCAUGAUGGUAUUCGCUAAGGCGUGGAGGUGGGUGUUGACUGAGCCGUUUGUGAUUGCAGCAUUGCGAAGGUGUUCGAAGGUCAUCCCAGAUGGCCCACCUCCUACUCCAUUUUCACAGCGGUUGAGUAUCUUGCUCCUUCCUGAUUUAAAGCCCUUCGUGCUGCACGUUGGAACCCGUUCUCCGGUCCGCCUCCUUGUCCUCCGGCGCCCCGCUGACCUGUGCGUCCCCUGCCUCGCGAUGCCUGUGGCACUCGGCGACGACUUCCCGUACUCGCCCCAGCCCUUUGUCGCGGCGUUUGCUGCGCGUACAUCGUCGACUGCAUCAGCCUCUGUGGUGACCUCGACGGAGAUGUCGCCUGCUCCUGCGCCGCCGCCGGCCGCUCCUGCUGCGCCUGCUGCUCGGCCGGCGGUGCCUGCUGCGUCUCCGCCCGCUGUGGCAGUGCCACCGAUGCGUAUUCCAGCGCCUGCGUCUGCUGGCGUUGCGGCCCCGUCUCCUGCUCGUCCUCCCGUGCCUGCUCCAGCGUCUGCGGCCGCACCUCCACAUGCGCCUGCUCCGGCGCAUCCUCCUGUCUCUGGUGUGGCCCCCGUGUGUGUGCCCGAGUCUGUUGUGGCGCCGCCUCCUGCGCCUGCUCCGGCUCGUCCUCCUCCCUCUGAUGUGGCCCCUGUGUCCGCUCCUGCUCCUGCGGCCUCCUCUGCGUCUGCUGGGGCGACUUCCGGACCGUCGGGGUUGGAGCCCGUGGCAUUUCCCGGCGCGGCGGCGGUGUCCGCGACUCUUGCUGCUCCCUCUGUCGCCGUGCUUGCGUACCAGCCGCCGGCAGCCACCACUGCCGUCCAGGGCCCGGAGACCGCGGCGGCAGGCGGUGGGGGUCGGGGGAGGGGUGGCUCAUCAUCGUGGCACCCCGCGCCAGAUCGCCGCGAGGGACGUGAGUCGACGCGUCGCCGUCAGGAUUCGCCUCGGCGCCGUCCCUCGCCAUCGAGCUGGAAUGGGCACCGUGGGGGCCGUGCGGGUUGGAGGGGAGGUCGUGGUCGCAGGCGUGGCUGGCCGGUUGAGGAGCAGCAGAUGUCGCCAGCCGAGAUCCGGGAGCUUGUAGCGGUUGCGGUGCGUGAUUCUCAGGUUGGGGCUGUGAGCCACCACCAUUCGCAGCGCGCGGCACCACCUGCGCAUGCUCCGCCUCCAGCUGCCCGUCCAGCUGCAGUUCCUCAGCGUGCCUCUCCUCCUCGCGUCUCUCCACAUCCUCCGGCGCAUUAUCCUCCUCCUGCCGCUGUUGUUGAGCCUCUCCCGUUCCUGGCAGGAGCGCCUCUUCCCCCGCAGGUUCGUGUUCCCGAAGCCACUCUGGGGCAGUUAUGGCGCCUCUCGGAGAGUCUUCGGGCGCUCCUUCUGGUGCAAGUGACUGCACACGCAUCUCUUCCGCCCGUCCCUGCAGAUUCUCUUCUGGACGGCCCGCGGGACGACUGCUUGGACGCGGCUGACCAGCUUGCCCUCCUCCUGGCGCCCGUGUUCGCUGCGCCCGCGCGGGGAGGCGUAGCGGCUGUUGGUCAACUUGACGCAUCUGUCCGUGGCCUGCGGCGGUACUUGCGUGCAGGUUCUGGAGCCGACGCGAUCGCCGCAAGUACAUUGGUGGUCCGUGAGGUGUGGCGGACUCUCUCUGGCCUCCUUGCUGCUCUUGAGGUAGACCGGAUGUAG